AUGGCGGAUGUAAGUAAUAAGAAAAUUAAGAAGAAUUUUGAGGUAAAUGAGGUAAUGAAUGUCUUCACUCUUAGAUUCUUUGAUAAAAACAUUUAGAGUCAUUACUAAAAAAAUUAAGAACGGUAACUAAUAAUAAAUCGGAAAGUCCUUAAAGGUGGUCUCUUCCUUAUAGGGUUAGGGUUUUUUAUAGAUAAUAUUUUAAUUGAUUAGAAUAUAAUCAAAAGUAUCCAAAUUAGUAGUAUUCUUAUCGUAGCCAGCAUUUGCCUUUUUGUAUUUGAAAGAUUCAUUUUAAGAUAUUUUAGUUUAAUAAUUACGAUAAUAUGCAUCACAAUAACAAUUAUAGACUUAUCAUAAAAUGAUAACAUAAAGGAUAUAGAUCUUAUUUAUGAACAUUUAUGGGUAGUGUACAAUAAAGGAAUUAUUUUAAUGACACAUGUAAUUGUUGCUCUAAGCUGUGUUCCUGAAUGGUACUAUAGAACAGCAAUCCUUGCUAGUUCUACUCAAUUCAUAUUCAUUGGAUAAUUUAUUAUAAAUUAUUAUAACAACUGCAUCUAAAUUCAAGUAAUAUUUUUUAUAGCAGUAGCAAGCUUUUAUUUUGAGGAGAAAAGGGCUAAAAAAAUGUAUUAUAGAAAGUAGAUGAAGAAAAAAGAACUGGAAAGUUGGAAGCUUAUGCUUGAUUAAAUUGUUCCAGUCUCUGUAUUUGUUGUAAAUAAAGAAUCCUCUCAAAUUAAUUAAAAUUCUAAUACUACAACUCAGCCAAUAAGCUAAACAAAUAUAAUACCAUAAAAUAUCAAUUUAGAUUAAGUUAUAAUGUAAAGUAAAAUGAACAUAGAGUUUAUCAAUAAAACUUGCUUAAAGACUUUCGAUAUAUAAUCAAAAGAAGAAUUUUAACAGAAAUUGAGGAAAAUUUUAGUUAAAAAGCGAUAUACAUAAAAGCAUCAUAUAAACUUGAAGGAUAUCAAAAUUGAAACUCCAUCAAAUUAAAAUUAAUUGAUUGUGAGUCCUCUAUUUAAAAGAAGUCCAAAUUCAUAAAAUUCUUUAUACCGUUAGGAUAUUUCCCUGAGAACAUUUAAUUACAGAAAAAAUAUUUAAGAUUUAGAAACUUACAGUAAAAACUUAUUUAAGAUUAUAGAAUAACUGAGAAAUCCUAAGUAAAAGCUUUAGCUGCCAGUUUAAUAAAAUUCUAUGAAAAUAAAUUUAUAAGCUGAUAGCAUUAGCAGUAAAUCAAAUAACAACACUUUUUAAAUACAAAAUAUACAUCAUGCAAAUAAUAGUAAUAAUUAUCAACUAGAUAUGACCAAUACAUAUGAUAAUCAAAUAAAUCAGAAUCCUCAUUUAAAGCAGCAUUAGUAUCUGAAUUGCAAGUACAUUACUUAUAUCAAUUCUAUUUAAAAUGGAAGUAAUAAAUAAAAAGAAAGAAAAAUACAAUACUAUGAUAUAAGACUAAUUGAAGCUGCAUGGAACGGAAAGGAUUCAAUAAUUGGAGUAAUCACUGAUGUCUCUGAGCAAGUCAUGGCAGAAAGAAAAUAAGAAAUGAUGUCAUACAAAAACUCAGUCAUGAAUACAAUUACUCAUGAUCUGAAGACUCCACUUAAUGGAAUUUAACUUAUUUUAGGAAGUUCUCUUGAGGGUAACAAAACUUAAAAGAAAGAGCUUAAAGAGUCUAUAAAAAAUGCAUUGGUGCAAGGUCAUUUACUAGAAUCUCGAAUAAAUGAUUUAUUGGAUUACUCUAAAUUAGUGCAUGCGGUAGAAGACUCAUCAGAUGUUAAAGUUAAUAUAGAUAGCUUUGAUAUAAAUGAGUCGAUACUGUUUUGUUUAUCUUUAUAUAAAUAAUCAGCUUGCAAAAAAGGAAUAAAUAUCUUUUUUAAUGAUAUAAAUUUAAUUUUAUAGCCACCAGGCACAAAAUUUCCUGUACUUAUUAGUCAUAACGAUAAAUAGCGAUUUCAGUAAAUUUUAAUAAAUCUAGUUGGAAAUGCCCUUAAAUUUACUUUUUAAGGUUAUAUUAAAUUAUAGACUGAGGUUUAAAGCCCAAAUGAGUUAUAAAUAUCUGUAGUUGAUACAGGUAUCGGCAUGCCUCAAAGUCUUAAGAUUAAUUUACAAGACAAAUCAUAGAAUUUUUAAUUUGAAACAAGGUAGCCAGAAAAGAAAAAUAUGAGACAUGGAAUCGGACUUGGGUUAGAUGUAAGCAAAAGAUUAAUUAGAUUGAUAACUAAAGAAGAUAGCUUAAGUGUUAAUUCUGAGUAAAAUCUAGGUACAACAAUUACAUUUAAAAUGUUAUUAAAUUAUGAAAAUCCAGUAUCUAAAUAAAUUUUAAACACAAAUAAUGAAUAAAAUAAUUAAAGCUCAAUCAUUUCUUCUGUAUAAAUUUCAACAGAAAAAUCAGCUUCCUUAAAUUCAAACUAUCAUCUUGUACCAAUGUUUAAUACUAAAUUUAUUGAUAAAACUUAGCAAAACACUACUUUAAAGAUUAUGAUAGUAGAUGAUACUAGUUUUAAUAUAAUAGCUUUACAGAAUUACAUUCAAAAAAUACUUUAAGGAAAGUGUAUAAUUGAUGUUGCCUAUAACGGCCUGCAGGCUAUCAAUAUUUAUAAAAAAAGAUUAUAAGAGUAAAGAAAGAAACAUCCCUUCUAAUAAAUUGUAUUUUAAGAAUCUGAGCUUCAUAAUAAAUGUGAUGUAAGUGAGUUUGAAAAUUCUUAUUUAUCUGAUAAUAUUGUAAAUGAUAUCAAUUGUUCAAGUGAAAUGAACAGCUAAAUUUGUGAAAGAUACAAAAAAAUGAGUUCAUUAGGAAGAAAAGAAAAUUUUAAUUUAAAAAGCCCUUACGAUACUAUUUUUAUGGAUAUAAAUAUGCCAAUAAUGGAUGGAUACUAAGCAAUUACAACAAUAAGAAACCUAGAAAAAAGCUGCGGUAUGGAAUACCCAUCUUUCAUAGCAGUAGUAACAGCGUUUGGAGAAGAAUGUGAUAGAUAAGAUAGUAUAAAUAUAGGUGCAAAUUACCAUAUAACCAAGCCAUUAAAGCAAGAAUAAUUAAAACUAAUACUUGAUUGCUGCAAAAAUUAACAAAUUCAAAACUAAUUAUGA